ACACAUCAUUCUUUUUCUAUUGUCUUGUUUUUUCUUCCUUUCUUUGUUCAUUCCAUUCAUUGAUUGAUUGUGAGGCUUAGAGGAAUUCACAAUGGCCGGUAUCUCUAGAUCAAUCAACCUCCUCUUGAGGAGCAGCAGGUCCUCCUUGUUGCGUCCUCGCGCUGCUAACCCAGUGCACCAUGUCCUCUCCGCCGAGCGAUAUGCAGCUCGUUCUUUUGCGACUGCUUUCGAGCGAACAAAGCCACACGUUAACGUCGGUACUAUCGGUCACGUCGAUCACGGAAAGACUACAUUGACCGCCGCUAUCACUAAGCGCCAGGCUGAAAAAGGCCUUGCUAAUUUCCUCGAAUAUGGUGCUAUUGAUAAAGCUCCCGAAGAGCGAAAGCGUGGUAUCACCAUUUCCACUGCUCACAUCGAGUACUCAACCGACAACCGCCACUAUGCCCACGUCGACUGCCCUGGUCACGCCGAUUAUAUUAAGAACAUGAUUACUGGUGCCGCAAACAUGGACGGUGCUGUGGUUGUCGUCGCUGCUUCUGAUGGUCAAAUGCCCCAGACUCGUGAGCACUUACUUCUCGCCCGUCAAGUCGGUGUCCAAAAGAUCGUCGUCUUCGUCAACAAGGUCGAUGCCGUCGAGGACCCUGAGAUGUUGGAACUUGUCGAAUUGGAAAUGCGUGAACUUUUGAACACCUAUGGAUUCGAGGGUGAAGAGACUCCUAUUAUCUUUGGUUCCGCUCUUUGCGCUUUGGAAGGCCGCAGGCCCGAGAUUGGCGAAUCAAAGAUUGAUGAACUCAUGAACGCUAUUGAUACCUGGAUCCCCACCCCUCAGCGCGACCUCGACAAGCCGUUCUUGAUGUCCGUCGAGGAAGUUUUCUCCAUUUCUGGUCGUGGUACCGUCGCCUCUGGUCGUGUUGAGCGUGGUGUCUUGCGCAAGGAUUCUGAGGUUGAGAUUAUUGGAUACCAGAAGGACCCUAUCAAGACCAAGGUCACCGAUAUCGAGACCUUCAAGAAGUCCUGUGACGAAUCCCGCGCUGGUGACAACUCUGGCUUACUUCUCCGCGGUAUCAAGCGUGAGGAUAUCCGUCGUGGCAUGGUUAUCGCUGCUCCCGGAAGCACUAAGGCUCACGACAACUUCUUGGUUUCCAUGUAUGUCUUGACUGAGGCUGAAGGUGGUCGUCGUACCGGAUUCGGUGCCAACUACCGUCCACAAGCUUUCAUCCGUACUGCCGAUGAGGCUGCUUCUCUCAGUUUCCCCGGUGAAGACCAGUCCAAGCAGGUCAUGCCCGGUGACAACGUCGAGAUGGUCUUGAAGACACACCGUCCCGUUGCUGCCGAAGCCGGUCAGCGAUUCAACAUUCGUGAGGGUGGUCGUACCGUUGCCACUGGUCUUAUCACCCGCGUCCUUGAACAGAAGGCUUAAACUUAGGUCUUUGACCAACCCAAAACGAGAAUAACCGAUGUACGAUGAUGGAGCGUGUAUUCUAACUUCUUCCUUUUUAAAGCAAAGCGCCGAUAUCAAUCAAUCUGUCUGGAUCCGGGAAAGAAAUGGGAAUGAAUCAAAGAGCAGAGUCAAAAGAACAAACGAGUUUACCAUAAAUUAGAGCAGGUGCUACCAAGGAGGAGUUUGCUUGUUGUCCUUUUGUCUCUAAAAAAUCUUUUGAGUGGUCCGUGGUUUGUCUAUUUGUCUGUCUAUAUUAUAUGUGGUGAUAUUUCAUUUUUCGGAAUUUUGUAUUAAGUCUCCUCUUUUUUUAUGACAAGAUUGCUCUCCACUUUAUCCGAGAUUAAGCAGAUUGAUUUAAUUGGCUUUAUUCGUGGUUGAUGGUUACAUGCGUGUUCACACGCUGUACUCUUAAGGGGGAUCUCUUCUAUAUCCACCAUCAAAACAGCCUUGAGACUAGUGGAUUAAAAGAAACCCAGGCACGACUGAAUGUAGGAAGAUAAACACCACCGGAAUGGCUACGGCCAAAACACCACACAAACCAACGGCGAUAAACCCUACCCAUUCAACAUACGCCGCAACCACCAAGCCACUGGAUAGGCAAGCACUCAGUAGCAAUACAUACAUGCCGUUUGACUGUGCGGCGGAAAGAGAUGGGUAUCCAUCCAGCCAGAACGAGCACGCCAGCGUGAUCAUGUAGAGCAGCAAGCUUAUGGCGAGGAAUUCGCGAACAGUCGAUAACGAGAAAUAAUGCGUUCGAGAGAUUGACUCUGGAUCCCGAGGUAAUGAAAUUCGUUUCGGU